AUGAAGAGACUCGCAGCUCGCCGCUAUGCUGGUUUGCUAAUUCUCUCCCCCGCCGCCGCCGCCGCAGCCGAACCCGGGAGCCCGCCCGCAGACUGCGCUCAGGCAGGAGAGAACGGUUCGCUGGAGAACAUGGAACAGGACAUCAGCCUAAAGAAGCGUAAAGGUGAUCACCAUGGGGAGAGAGUGCUGCAGGCCGCGCAGGAAUCCGGCGAGAAGGUGAAAAGGAAGCGAGGGCGUCCACCAGCAGAGAAACUGCCUCCGAACCCACCUGAGCUCACCAGAACACUGAACACGCUGGUCGAUAUGGUGAUCAACUACAAGGACGGGUUGGGUCGGCAGAUCAGUAAAGGCUUUGUGCAGCUUCCCUCCCGGAAGGAGGCACCUGAGUACUACGAGCUGAUCCGGAAGCCUGUGGACUUCAGAAGGAUCAGGGAACGUGUGCGCAAUCACAAGUACAGAAGUGUGGGGGAUCUGGAGAAGGACAUUUUCCUCCUGUGUCACAAUGCUCAGACUUAUAACCUGGAAGGAUCUCAGAUCUAUGAGGAUUCAAUUGUUAUUAGGUCCGUUUUCGAGAGCGCGAGACAGAGAAUUGUCACAGACGAGGUGCAGAAAGAGACGGUUAGCACCAGUCACAGUGAUAAUGGCGGCAGAGCUGAAGACCAGUUUGUUCCAUCAGCAGGGAAACCACUACCAGUCCAGCUAAAGAAGGUUACUAAGGAGGAGAGAAGCAGAAAUACAAUGGCCAAGAGGAUCAACAGUGAUUUAGACAGUGAUGAGGAACUAGAGGAUAACACCACAAAGGAUGAAGGGUGA